CAAAGGAACAAAAACAAAUCAUUUAAUACAAAGCAAUGAUUGCUAGAUCUCCAUUCUUUUUCCACCAUAAAAGAAAGGAACUGUUUCACACUUCUUUCUCCCUCCAUCCCUUCUCUUUCUUCCAUGGCCUACUCUUCAUUUGCCAUAGUUCUUGCUUUGUGCAUUUCAUUUCAAUUGGCAAUUCAUGUCCAGGGUGACUCAAGUUUAAUAGAAAGCACUUGCAAAGUCACAAACUACUAUGACCUUUGCAUAUCAUCCCUCAAAUCAAACUUGACCAGCCUAAAUGCAGACGCCAAUGGAUUGGCAAUUAUUAUGGUUAGAGUAGCAAUGGCCAAUGCCACAGCUACCAACACAUACCUUUCCUCCCAAGUUCUGAGUGCCACAAAUGAUACACUGAUGAAGAAGCUCAUUAAAGAUUGUGCCAAAAAAUAUUCCUAUGCCAUUGAAGCUCUUCAAGCUUCACUUCAAGAUUUGGAUGCUGAGAUAUAUGACUAUGCUUACAUAAAUGUUAUGGCUGCAGCUGAUUAUCCAAAUGUUUGUCACAACAGCUUUAGGCGCUCUCCAGGGGUGGCUUAUCCACAUGAGCUAGCUGCAAGGGAAGAUGGUUUGAAGCAUAUUUGUGAAGUGGCUUUAGGAAUCAUUGAUAGUCUUGGAAGGUGAUUUUGCUGUAUUUUUAAAAAAUCUCAUUUUCUAUUCCUCCUGUUCCUCCUAUAACCAAUGGGACAAAUUGUUGUAUGUCGGUGUUUCUUUGCAAUAUAACCCCUCCUUUUUCCU